GUGGGACAUGCAAUGAUAAAAAGCUGUCUUUAGCACUUCCUGGUCCACUUUAGAACACGCCAUCAACGCAGCGGCGACAUUAUGGCCGACAAUGAAUGGAAAAUAAGAUGUCAGAACGAGUGGAACAUCACAGGCAUAUCUAUGCCCGACUCCGUGGACUGGAAGUUCGUCUAUGAAGCGAAACCACUCGGCAGAAAUUUGUUGAGGAACCCGGCGCCUCACGGUGUGACUCAUGACAGCCUGCCUCCUGAGCCUGAACUGACAGGCGUGCCUAGAGAUGAACCUCCUCGUUCAGAGCCAGAAGGUGACUACACUGGCUGGACCACCAGCGUAGAGGAACUUCCCUAUGACAACAGUGGCAUACCACCAGGGGUUGUGGUCUGUUACAUGCCUCAGUUCAGUUGGUUUACCCUGGAGCAGAAAAUUGACCUGAAGUCUGAAGGACUGUGGGAUGAGCUGUUGGAUGACCAGCCUGACAUCCUUAUACAAGACAGGUAUGAAGAAAGUCAGCUGCACGAGUCCAUCUACCAGCUGCAUGUAAAGUUGCUGGGAGGAGAUGGUCAGGUUAUCUCAGAACACACAGCCAGCCCCAAAGAAGACCUCAGCACCUACUCUCACACCUGGAAAGAAGUGUCGCAUGUCUUUUCAGGGUAUGGAAAGGGGGUGAGGUAUGUCCAUUUCCUGCACAGACUGAAGAAUAAAUACAUGGUGGAGUUCUUCCCUACUUUGGUCACAGGCAGCUCAGUCAUCGUCAAGCCAACCUAAUCCAGCAGCGAUUGACUGUCUGACUAAAGUAUACACUGUCAAGUUUGUACUGAUUGUCAGCGAGGGUGGAAACAUAUCUUUUUAAUUUGCAAGAUCAUUUCUUGCAAUUUUACGAUUGUUUGAAAAUAAAGAACAAUUGCUGCA